AUGGCAACACGUCGGGGCCUGUCUGUGCGGAGCGGGGACGAGACGCCAGUCCUACCCGGCCAGCUCCGCUCCGCUCCCGCGGGGCCGGGCCGGAGGGCUGCGGGAAGAUGGCGGGGGGCACCUGGCGCCAGGUGGGCGCCGGGCUGCGGCGGCGCGGCGGGGGGAGGGGAGGGGAAGGGGCCCGGGCCUGCGCGCCGCCCGCCCCUCCGGCGCCCCGCCCCUCCGGCGCCGGCUCGGGGAGCGCCGCCGCCCGCUCCCUCCCGCCGCCCGGCCCUGCCGUUACCUGCCGCAGCCCGCGGACGGAGAUCGGCGGACUCAACGGCGGCUGCGGACAGCCUCCGAACAGCGUCCAGGCCCCGCCGCCGUCACCCGGGGGCCAGGGGCGGGCCCGGGGCGGGCCAGCGUUUCCAUGGCGAUCGCCUCCCGGCCCGGCGGGACUGUUACGAUACCGCGGGGCGGCCUCGCCCCGCCCUGCCCGGCGCCACCGCCCCCUUUCUCUCUUCCUUGUGCCGUGGGCGUACCCGCGGCGGAGGGACGCAGCGGGCCGGGCGUUCCUUCCCUUUCUCUUCUUCCUGUGUUUCGGGCCGUAGCGGCCCCGAGAUGCAGCCCCGCCCCGCUUGGCGCCGGCCGACCGAGGGGAGCUUCGUCCCGCCGAGCCCGGCCGCGAGCGGGCGGCGCUGGUUGGAGGCCGCGACCUCUGUGGCGGCGGCACUAAAUUUAGGACUUCGUGUUGGAAAACUUAUGUCGGGUGUACAGUACAGGAGGAACAUAAACCUGCUGGAGGAGGAGGGCUGCACACAGGAUCCAGGAAGUGGAACACCUCUCCUGUGAGGACAGGCUGAGAGAGCUGGGGCUGUUCAACCUGGAGAAGAGAAGGCUUCAGGGAGACUUCAUAGCAACCUUCUAAAGGGGGACUAUAAGAAGGAAGGGAACAGACUUAUUAGCAAGGUCUGUUGUGGUAAGACAAAGUUUAAAACAGAAGAUUUAGACUGGUUAUAAGGAAAAGGUGUUUUACAAUAAAAUAGUGAAAAACUGGUACAGGUUGCCCAGACAGGUGGAUGCCCCAUCCCUGGAGACAUUCAAAGUCAGGCUG